UUGGAGCGUAGUGCAGCGUGAUUUGCCGAGUGUGUGAACCGAGUGAAGUUAUUUGUAUUAUCGAGGAGGGAGGACGGUUAACAGUGCAAGGGGGUGUGUGUUUGUGGGGCAGUGCGCUCAGUGUGUAUGAUCCAGCAAGCUGGCGGAAUUCAAUAUGGCAUCCGGCGAAACGCUGUAUAUAGAAACGGAUGGCUCCGAGAUGCCGGCGGAGAUAGUGGAACUUCAUGAAAUAGAAGUAGAAACGAUUCCCGUGGAGACUAUUGAGACUACGGUGGUCGGCGAAGACGAUGAUGACGAACACCAACCUAUGAUCGCCCUACAACCGCUUGAUUCAGACGACCCAAGUCAGGUUCAUCACCACCAAGAAGUAAUUCUUGUCCAAACCCGAGAGGAGGUUGUCGGCGGGGACGACUCAGACCUCCAUGCGGACGAUGGAUAUGAGGAUCAAAUCCUUAUUCCAGUCCCGACUCCCGGGGCCGAGGAUGAAUAUAUCGGUCAGACUCUGGUUACUGUUGCAGGGAAAAGCUCCAUAGGGCGGAUGAAGAAGGGGGGAGGCAGUAGUGGAAAGAGAGCGGGCAAAAAAAGCUAUCUAAGUGCUGCAGAAGCUACCGGAAGAAAAUGGGAGCAAAAGCAAGUGCAAAUAAAGACACUGGAAGGAGAAUUUUCCGUUACGAUGUGGGCAUCAGAUGACAAGAAGGACAUCGACCAUGAGACGGUCGUGGAGGAGCACAUCGUGGGGGAGAACUCUCCCCCGGACUACUCGGAGUACAUGACGGGGAAGAAGCUCCCGCCGGGAGGCAUCCCCGGGAUCGACCUCUCCGACCCCAAACAGCUGGCGGAGUUCGCAAGUCCCUUCAGUGAGGUUACCAGCCCCCAUAAGUCCGAUCCGCGCUGCCCCAGGAUGAAGCCACGGAAGAUCAAAGAGGACGAUGCGCCCAGGACGAUAGCGUGUCCUCACAAGGGCUGUACAAAGAUGUUCCGGGAUAACUCGGCGAUGCGGAAGCAUCUACACACCCACGGGCCCCGUGUGCACGUGUGUGCGGAGUGUGGCAAGGCCUUCGUGGAGAGCUCCAAACUCAAGCGGCACCAGCUGGUACACACCGGAGAGAAACCCUUCCAGUGCACGUUUGAGGGCUGUGGGAAGCGCUUCUCUCUGGACUUUAACCUGCGGACACACGUGCGCAUCCACACGGGCGACCGCCCCUACGUCUGCCCCUUCGACGGCUGCAACAAGAAGUUCGCCCAGUCCACCAACCUCAAGUCUCACAUCCUCACACACGCAAAAGCCAAAAAUAACCAGUGAGCCUACUCCCCUCCCCCACCCCCCACCUCUCUCUCUCUCUCUCUCUCUCUCACACUCUCUCUCUCUCUCUCUCUCUCUCU